AUGCGACAAGUCAUAGCACCAUUACCACCAUCUAGAAUUGAAAAAGCAAAUCCUGUUAUAGGACUAGAUUAUGCAGGUCCACCUUUUCGUGAAAAUGAAGAUACGAAGUAUUAUAUCCUAUUAUUUACCUGCGCAGUAACUAGAGGCAUUCAUCUUGAACUAACAAAAGAUCUCACAACUAAAUCUUUCCUACUUGCUUUUCGUCGAUUCAUAUCAAGAAGAGGGUUGUGCUCUCUAAUAUACUCAGAUAACGCGCGUACAUUCAAGGCAGCUGAUGCAGAGCUCAGAAAGAUGUGGCAGGUAUUAAGCCAUCCCGAUGUAAAGAAUUAUUAUGCAGCAAAGGGCAUUCAAUGGAGGUAUAUCAUUGAAAAAGAAGCCUGGUGGGGCGGAUUUUACGAGAGAGUUGUGAGAUCCGUCAAAACAAUAUUAAGAAGAUUCAUCACUGCUACCUGA